GUAUCCUGUGUCCGUGUCUCCACUUCCGCGCAGGAUAGUGUAUUUUUAAUAUCGUAAUGAGAUUAUUCCAUAAACGCUGGUGGAAGUUGUACGAGGGUAAAAAUAAACAUUGAAUUAGCUAACCUUCACCUGAACGGCUCUUUCAUAGGAUUGUUUCAUUGGUGUUUUAAAUGGAAACGGCAGCAUGCGCUCGUCCGGUGCUGUCAAUCAGCGGCGUCUCCAUGGUGACGGCGGCGGGGCUGGGGGAGGGGGUGUAGUCUGGCCGCUGCCCGGCCAGAGCCGCUCACUCGGCGGUGGAUGAGUGCGGCGUUCGUGUCGGGACACCGGUGUUGCUCGUCUCUCACCCGCGCUGACUGCAGCCGCCAUGACCCACCCACGAAGCGGGCUGGUGUCCGACAUCCAGACCCGAAUCUGUAGCGACAGCUUCAACAACUGCUACACGCUGGUGGGCAAGGAGCUCGGGAGAGGCAAAUUUGCAGUCGUUAAAAAGUGCAUUGAAAAGGCAACAGGAAAAGAGUAUGCUGCCAAAUUUAUGAGAAAAAGAAGGAAGGGUCAAGACUGUCGAAUGGAAAUUAUUCAUGAGAUUGCAGUAUUAGAACUGGCUAAAUCCAAUCCAUGGGUCAUCAACCUGUAUGAAGUAUAUGAGACAGCAUCAGAAAUGAUCUUGGUAUUGGAAUAUGCUGCUGGUGGUGAGAUUUUCAACCAAUGUGUAGCUGAGCGGGAAGAGGCCUUCAAAGAAAAAGACGUCAAACGACUGAUGAGACAGAUUUUGGAGGGUGUUGCUUUUUUGCACAGAAAUAACAUCGUUCAUCUUGAUUUAAAACCGCAAAAUAUUCUUCUGACAAGUGAGUCGCCUCUGGGGGAUAUUAAGAUUGUUGAUUUUGGCCUUUCUAGAAGGAUCAAUAAUAAUGAAGAGCUAAGGGAAAUCAUGGGAACACCUGAAUAUGUAGCUCCUGAAAUUUUAAAUUAUGAGCCAAUUAGCACUGCAACAGAUAUGUGGAGUAUAGGUGUUCUUGCAUAUGUUAUGCUGACAGGGAUCUCACCGUUCUUGGGAGAUGACAAGCAAGAAACUUUUCUCAACAUCUCUCAAAUAAAUCUCAGUUUUACAGAUGAAGAUUUUGAGCAUGUCUCCAAACAAGCUAUAGACUUUAUUAAGUCACUUCUUGUUAAGGAACCUGAAGAACGAGCUUUAGCUGAGGAAUGCCUUGAACACCCAUGGAUGGCAUGUGAAUGCGAUGAAACUGGAUUUGCCACUGAAAGCUCAGUCAGCACACUUGAGUCCACAAUUUCAGAAGAAUCAGAAAGGCAAAAUCAAGAAACUGAAGAGCUCAUUGUCAUGGCAUCGUACACACUGGGACAAUGUAGACAGUCUGAGACAGAGAAUCUAAAAACUGACCAAAAGGCCAUUUCCAAGCGCUUCAAGUUUGAAGAGCCCUUCAAUACUUUACAGGAAAUUUCAGGAGAGUUUAUCUAUUGAGUAAUGGAACGAAACACUUCAUAUUUGACAGUACUUUUUUUUUAAUAAUAGUUUCUGUCACAGAAGACUUCUGUUUCUGCUACAAAUACUCAAGUAGAAACAAAUUAAUAUCUAAACACCAAAAACUAAUGUGCCUAUCUUACGGAUAUGUGUGAGAAAUGCUCAUACUAAAGCCAAGCAAAGCGAUGUAAGAAAUAGUAUAUAAUUGAAGUACAUUCCUCGGGGGUACACUGCUCAGAGUUAAUGUUGGUUUCACAAAAGGUGGUUGGAUGAGUAUUACGGUGGAGUUUUUGGUUCUAUUUGCACAGUGGGUGGUGAGCAAUUUGUUUGGGAGGGGGGUGAAGAAAAGCUUCAGUUCCAAAUUGGUCCUUCAAGACACUGUACAGUUAACAGUAUACUUUAAAUGUGCAGUACAUGUGAAUAAUGCACUUGAUGUUUAGCUGGAAUCUGAAAAUGCCUGUUUUCCCCCAUAAAUUGUUCACAAAUAAUGCAUGUUUGAUUUUGAUAUGAACUGGAGCUAUUCACAACAUUCCUUAUUUUAUUAUGUAUAUUUGAAUUGCACAACUCCAGUUGAUUUUCUUGAUGGCUUUCAUCAUACUUGAUUAGUGUUACUAUUUUUUGAAUAAUAUUGUAUUUGUAUAUGUAUUUUUGUUCAUAUUUUUGUGAUAUUUUGCAAGAUUUCAGUGAUGUAGUUUGUGCCUUACAGAUUAGAAAUUAAUAUAGUAUUCAUUAUGCAAAGGACUGCAAAAUUAAUUUGAUUAAAUGUACACCAAUUUGUUCAAUAUGGGUAACCUGGAUAACUACUUGGAACAGUGAACAAACUUUGGCUUGUUGAUUAGUGAGAGGGUUUUUACAAAAUAGCUUUUCUAAAUACAUUUUUAAAAUGUAGCUAAAAUUAAAUGCUAGGACAGCUAUUCAUAUCACUUUGUGCAGGCAUUUAAACAGGAGUAUUGCACUGUACUUUGCAACAGUCAAUACUGAAAGCUUGUCUCUAGAAGUUCAAGCUUAUGAUUCAGUUCUUCAGUUGCAAAGCGAGUUCUGUUCAGCAGAUUGUGGUAUUUAUUCGAGUUCCUAAUUAAACAGCACAAAAGUAUAAUUUGCAAUAAUCUUUUUAAGUAACUCAGGGAUCCCUGAACAUGGUCACAUUUUAAUUAUUGUUUUUACUACUAAAAGGUUUUAUUUUAAGGUGAUCUUAGUAUUGAAUCUUAAGUUUAUCAGUUUUCUUUGAAUUUCCCCACACCCCCUUUCCCACAAAAUAUAAGCAAUCAACUUUUGCUUAUUCACAUGUAAAGUGUUCAACCUGAAAGGGAACAGCUAGAUCGAAUUUUUAAAGCUCUUAUCAUAACUCUGAAGUGUCUAAUCAGGAAUGUGUUUUUUUCACCCCCAAUCUGCAGUAUUCAACUGCAAAUGAUGCUGAAUACAAUCUUAGCUGAAAGAGCAGUUCCAUGUGCUACUGGAGAUGUAUUUUUGUUUCUGUAUUUAAAAAGCUAGCUAUUAUUCUUGAUGUAAAUUUCCCUCUGGUAAGUUUGAGAGAGCCAUAUUUUCAUAAUUGUAACAUCUAUUUUUUUCUCUAAACAAUGUUGUGUUGAACUUUGCAUUUAUUUUCAGGACAAUACUGUAAAAUUAAUCGACAGCUAGCCAGUGCGUUUACCUAUGAAACUAUGUAUACCAUAUUCCACUGGGGGAAAAUGCAGCAGUUUCUGUACCCUUAUCAAAGAUGCAUAUAUUUCCUUUAAUAAACAUCUGGAUGCUUAUUGA